AACAUAGUGAGGCGUCUUGAACACGAGAAGAAGACAUUGCAAACAGCUGCUAGCUAAAUGGUCAUGGCAGCUAACGAACAAAGUGAGGGUUUUUUCCUGAUUACAAGCAGCUAACGACGUUUUUUUCAUACGAAAUGCUGAUGGUUGAUGUUUGAGGAACACACAGCUCUUCGCAACGAGGGGCUAACCACAGGAAGGAAGCCAUGAACUUCCAGAGCAGCCGGAGGAGAGGCGAGGCUGGCGUUGCCAUGGUGAUUGACUUCCUGCUGUCUAACGCUCGGCUGGUUCUGGGAGUCGGAGGAGCUGCUCUGCUGGGCAUUGCUACGUUGGCGGUUAAACGACUGAUAGAGCGUGCCGGCCGUGCAGCAGAAGAUGAAAAGGUGGAGCAAAAGAUGGCCGAGAGCUGGGAGGAGCUUAGCUUGGUGUCUUCUUCUCCGACGCUCAUCAGGAAGGAAAUAGAGGGUGUAGUGAUGAAACAUGUCUCCAAGGCGACGAAACAACAGAAAGCUGAUCUCUGCCAAAACCUUGACGUGUCCUCUCCCGAGGUUCAGCCUAAACCGGAGGCAAAGUCCAAGAGGCUCCAGCUCUGUGUGCUCACCCUGCAGGAGCGUCUGCAGCAGUACUAUUCCAGCAGGGUGGCGCUGGCUCCCGACGAGGUGAAGAGGGCCCAGUCCAUGGCUCUGGACCUCUGCGCCGAGAUCCAGGGCAUCCUCCACAGCCGUCACCCAGACAUGCCUCUGGGAGAGAUGAACCUCGGAGGUUCUCUCCUGGAUGGUUUGCAGGUGGUCCGUGCAGACCACGUAUGUCUGCUGGUGCCUCUGCAGCUGGAACCCUCGUUGUGGCGUCUCAUCCCGGGGGAGGAGACGCUGCUCACACACCCUUUGCACUGGAUGGUGCGGCGGGUCAACCUGGAAUAUUUCCCCAGAGGACGCAGUUACUGGGACAGGUACCUGGUGGGGGGUUACCUGUCAGCAGAGGCCGUCGUCAACAUGUUCAACAAGAACGUCAUGGAAAAUGCCAACUGGCCGUCAGUCAGCGGCACGUUGGACUGCCUCAUCAGACCGGUGCUGGGAGGACCGGACCUGAGGCUGGAGAUCCGGCCUGAGAGCGCAACAGAAAGCAGCGGCCAGCCGCUCUUCGUCUCCAUAUUACCCGUCCUCAGGGAGGGCGACGUAGUCCUGACGGCCCAGCUGGAGCUCACCUCUCCCUGGGUGAACGCCUGGCACCUCUCUCUCUACCCCUGGGAGACCCAACGCCUGGCCGAGCUGGACGCGGCCGACGACGGCUGCCGCCGGCUGACUCUGAAGAUCCUGAAGGCCGUGUGCAAGCUGAGCCCGCCCCUGCGACACCUGGAGGCCGCGCCGCUGGCCAAUCUGCUCCUGCACCUGAGCGACAGCGAGGACGACUGGUCCAAGAACAGCCUGGACGUGAGAUUCCAGCAAUGCAUCACCGAGCUCAUCGGCCACCUCGAGCAGGAGGCGCUACACAGUUACUUCAAACCAGCCGUCAAUCUGCUGAGCGGCCUGUCCGAGGAUCAGGUGGACCAGAUGGGCUUCAUGCUCUACUGCGCCGUGUCAGAUCCUGAAAUACUGCUCAUUUAGCUACGCGGGUUUCCCCACAAACGUUCGGAAGCCGUUCUGUGGCGUCGUCCCUGAGACACGGCAGGCGAGGCGGCUGCAGACCCGAUGGUUAAACCGGGAAAAGGCCCAACGGGAACGCAAACGUGCCAACGGAGAAAUAAAAAGGAGAUAAUGUUAGAGUUAUGGGGAUGCACCUGCACUGCUGGUUUUCACAUUGUUUUUGCACAUUUUUGAAUUAAAUUAAAUUAAAAGCUUGGAUUUUCUGCUGUGCUCUGACGGUAAGAAGAACUUGACCUGCGUAGAGCAACAGAGAAACGGUUGAACGCUUCCAGCAUCUGUAUGAUGGGGUUGAUCAAUUUGUUUGAUUCUUUGAUUUAGCUGCCCGUAUCAUAAGGUGAAUUAAACCCGUUUCAUGCUUUUAUGUCAUUUUUAAACUGUGUGAACAUUGUGGGCAGAUUUCACGUGUUAUUUGGUUGAGUGUUAUUUUGUUUGUGUGUGGAUGAAAGAAGCAAAUAAAAUCACGUCCUAAUUUAUGUUACUCAGC